AUGGCCAAGCUGCUCCUGCUCGCCUGCGCCACCGAUGCGCUGCUGUCGUCCCCGCGCCUCGCGGCGCGCCCCCGCACGUCGCUCGAGCACCACAAGAAGCGGUCCGCCGUCGAGGACCUCAAGAUCUACCGCAAAAUGAAGUCCUGGGAGACCAACGAGGAGGUCGUCGACACGGCGGCCGCCGACGAGUUCGCGCGCGAGCUCGCGGCCUACGUGCCUUCUGUCACUACGUACGGGGAGACGCGCAACGGCAACGCCGUGUCCCUAGAGAGUUGUGGAGGAAUCGAAGGGAGAGAGAACAGCGAAGGGAGGCGUAGGAAGGCGUCACGGGAGGACACGACUAGGGCGGAGGCGUAUGAGCACGGCGACGAAGAGGGCACGACGACGAAGAGCUGA